AUGGCAGGGAAAUCUAGCCGAGUGGAAGUAGAAGUGAAGAAUACGACCAAGCAUGACAUAGUAUUACGGAACAGAACGGUGCCAGGGCGCCUACAACUUAUUCAAUCAGUCACUCAAGUCGAGGUGAAAUUAAAGACGGAAAACGAUGAAAAGUCGCCUUCCAAAUGAAAUGAAGAAGCCAAAAUCCCUAACAGCGAUGAUGACCACCAAACAGCGAAGUGGGCAAAACAUUUGGACGAUGUGGAUUUGGGAGAUUUGAACAGUGAGGAAAGAAAAGCUGGGACGCAGCUGCUUAUCGAAAAGGCUGAUGUGUUUGCCAUAGAUGAUGAUAUCGGGUGCAUCACAGAGCUUCAAAUGGAUAUCAAACUCAGCGAUAGCGCACCUGUUCAGAAGAACUAUGUCGCUCUGCCCCGACCACUGUAUCCAGAGGUGAAAGCAUAUAUCGAAGACUUGUUAUUUUGUCAGUUGUCAACCUACGUCACAAUCUAA